CAUAUUCAUGUAUUAUAUAAAUUCCCAUUCCCUAAUUCACACCCACCCACCCACAUCAACAUUCAUGCCAUUUCUUGGUCAGUAAUUUAAUUUCCUUCUUCUAUUGUUAUAUUUGUUCUUUUUGUGAUCAUCGUAUACAAUAUCAAGCAUGCAUGCAAGAAACAAUUGGGGAGGGUCCUUUGAAAUGAGCACUAGUGAAGAGGUUUGUGGGUACGAGGGCAACAACCGGGACACAGAGUGGGAUAGGGCAGCAUUGCUUGGAAGGCAAGAUCAUUUGGAUGAAACCCUACAAAGCUGGGUUCUGGAAAGGAGUGAGAAGAGUAAGAAGACAAAGUAUGUGGACUUUGGGUGCAUAGUGUGUAGCCACAAGGCUUUGAAAUGGAUCUUUGGUUCCAUUUUCUUGGCUUUUUGUGUCAUUGGUCUUCCCAUCAUCAUCACCAAGUCCUUGCCCAAGCACCACCCUCCACCUACCCUACCAGAUAAUUACACCCUUGCCAUCCACAAAGCACUCCUCUUCUUCAAUGCUCAAAGAUCUGGGAGAUUGCCCAAAAACAAUGGCAUUGCAUGGAGAGGGAACUCAGGGUUAAAUGAUGGAAAUGACAGUGAUGUGAAAGGAGGACUUGUAGGAGGUUACUAUGAUGCUGGAGACAACACUAAGUACAACUUUCCCAUGGCAUUUUCCAUCACAAUGCUUAGUUGGAGUCUGCUUGAAUAUAAGCAAAAGUAUGUUGCUGUUAAUGAGUAUGCACACACUCGAGAACUCAUCAAGUGGGGCACUGAUUACUUGCUCUUGACCUUCAACAAUUCUGCCACCAAAAUUAACAAAAUUUAUGCCCAGGUUGGUGGUGGUCUAAACGAUUCUAGCACACCAGAUGACCACUACUGUUGGCAAAGGCCAGAAGACAUGGACUAUCCACGUCGCACUAUAUCCAUAUAUCAAGGUUCCGAUCUUGCGGGAGAAAUGGCAGCAGCACUAGCAUCAGCCUCUAUAGUUUUCCAAGACGAUGUUACCUACUCCCAAAAACUCAUAAAGGGUGCCCAAACUGUGUUUGACUUUGCCAGAGAUGGUGGCAAGAGGAAGCCCUAUAGUCGUGGGGAGCCUUAUAUUGAACCCUUCUAUAACUCCACUGGCUACUAUGAUGAGUUCAUGUGGGGUGCUGCAUGGUUGUAUUAUGCCACUGGGAAUAGUACCUAUCUUUCCUUGGCCACCAAUCCCUCCAUAUUCAGGCAUUCCAAGGCCUAUUUCUUGACUCCUCAGUUUAGUGUUCUGAGUUGGGAUAACAAGUUACCUGCUGCAAUGCUGUUGUUGACACGACUCAGGAUGUUUUUGAGCCCUGGCUACCCCUACGAGGACAUGCUCAUGAUGUACCAUAAUAUCACUAGUCUUACCAUGUGCUCUUAUCUUCAUCAUUAUAAAGUCUUCAAUAGGACUAAAGGGGGGUUGAUCCAAUUGAACCGUGGACAACCUCAGUCUCUCCAAUAUGUAGCUAAUGCUGCUUUCAUGGCAUCACUUUUUGCUGAUUAUAUGCAAGUGAUUGGUGCUCCUGGAUGGUAUUGUGGUUCUACUUACUUCUCAGCAUCUGCUCUCAAGGCAUUUGCAACCUCUCAGAUCGAUUACAUCUUGGGUAAAAAUCCCAUGAAAAUGAGCUACGUAGUGGGGUUUGGAAACAAAUUUCCUAGGCAUGUUCACCAUCGUGGAGCAUCCAUACCAAAUGAUCACAAACAUCACUCAUGCACUGGGGGUUGGAACUGGCGUGACACUCCCAACCCAAAUCCUAACACCAUCACAGGAGCAAUGGUUGGAGGACCAAAUAGUUUCGACCAAUUCCAUGACUCAAGAAAAAAUUACAACUUCACAAAGCCAACUUUGGCUGGAAAUGCAGGACUAGUGGCUGCAUUAAUUUCCUUAACAAGCACCACAGGUAGUGGCAUCGACAGGAACACCAUUUUCUCAGCCAUUCCACCACUCGGACCACAAAAUCCACCUCCUCCACCACCUUGGAAACCAAUCAAAACAUGAUAUACUUAAAAUCAACCAAACCUCUUCGAUGUAUUCAUUCACAUAUUAUUCUUAUUCUUUUCCCGAUUUUCAACUUACUCCUUAUGCAUGUAUAUUCAUAAACAACCGAGCCACUUGCAUUGUACCCUCUUAAAUAUCAUUUUAAAUUAUUAUUGUCAUUAUAACCGUGUCCUUUGCAGAGCCAUAU